UCAAAGAGCCGGUUCUUUACAUCGCGAACGAAUCGCAAGAUUUCGUUCUCUCAAAGAUUCGUUCUUUUUGAACGAAUCGUUAACGAACGACCCAUCACUAAUCCUCAGUAUUUCCGUCUGUCGAAACAGUCUGCACAUAGACUUCUGGAAAUGAUUGAGGCUCAUCUGGAAUAUCCGUCUGACAGGAACAUGUCUGUAUCACCUAUGCAGCAGUUGCUAGCUACAUUGAGAUACUAUGCAACAGGAUGCCAUCAGCUAAGUACUGGAGAUUAUGCUGGUUUCAGCAAAAGCACAGCACACAGAAUUAUCCACAGAGUUAGCUGUGCUGUAGCUUCGCUUCGUCCAAACUUCAUACAUUUUCCAGAAACACCACAAGAAGUUCACAUUGCUCAGAUGGACUUCUAUAAUAUUGCACGCUUUCCCAAAGUCAUUGGUGCAAUGGAUUGCACUCAUGUGAGAUUACAGUCCCCAGGAGGAGACAAUGCAGAAAUGUUUCGAAACAGGAAAGGCUACUUCUCCUUGAAUGUUCAAGCAAUAUGCGAUGCAAAACUUCAGUUUACAGAUAUUGUUGCAAGAUGGCCUGGCUCAACACAUGAUAGCACAAUUUUCAGCAAUUGCUACAGGAGGGCUAUGUUUGAAAAUGGCAGAUACAAUGAUUGUGUAUUGCUCGUAGAUUCAGGAUAUGCCUGCAAAUCAUACAUGAUGACCCCACUUGAGAGCCCAGAUAGUCCACAGGAACAUCUGUACAAUGAAUCUCAGAUUAGAACACGAAAUCCUGUGGAGAGGUUGUUUGGGUGUUGGAAACGAAGGUUCCCCGUUUUAGCAUUGGGUUUUCAAAUACAACUGGAAAACACAUUUCCUAUAAUAGUGGCAACAGCUGUAAUACAUAAUCUCUUGCGGCAAGCUGGGGAAGAAUUACCACCAGAUGACCCUGAUGUUAAUUUACCCAAACCGUGGGAUGAAUUAUUAGAAGAAGGGAAUGAUGAACAAAAUGUCAACAACAAUGCAAGACAUGCAAGAAAUGAUGCUAAGAGGCGUACUUUGAUUGACAACUACUUCAGAAGGUAUCCUAAAUAUUACCAUUCAUGUUACGAUGUUCUGGAUUUUGUGGUACUUUUGAAAUGUUACAUUGUAGGCCUGUUAGUUUCUACAUAUAGAGUUGUUGUCUGUACUUACCAAAAGUAAUAUUUUAUGUCAGGAACAAUUGUAAGGUUUACAAAUUACACAUUUACCAUUCAUUAUCAAAUAUUAAGUUCGUAAUCCAUUUACUGUUCACAAUUGCUAAUUUUCAUUUUGAUAUCACCAUACAGUUCAUUCACAAUAAAUUAACACUUCAUCAAACUCCCACAAAGUUAAAUUUAUCGGCCACCUGCAAACAGGACAUUUACGCAUGGCUGCUAUAUUUUAUUUGUAAAAUAUUACGUUAAAUAAUAAUGGCUUGUUAAAAUGUUAAACAAUUGUAAAGUGACCAUGAAUAGACUCCUAGACACAUGUAUUGUCUAUAAUUUCAGGAAACAAAAAAAAAAAAUUAAAAAAAAACUAUGUUUUUAAAAUGUGGUAUUGUGCUUCAACUUGAUGUGAAAAUAACCAAGCAUUUCUUAAGCCAAGACAUUACUGAUUUUUGUAGGUUGAUAUUAAAUUAGAAUUACUUGCCUAUUAAUUUGGCUUGUUAUAAAACACAAAUUUGAUUGCAUAAACUGAUUGGUUUUUUUUUUGUGUUCUAGCUUGUUGUAAGUGCAUCCCAAGGCUGAAGUGAACAUAUAAACUAACUGGAUUUGUUUUAUGCAAGUUAGUUUAAUUAUUGAAAUACUUGGAGGUUCUGAAGAAAUGUAUUUUAGAAAGAAUAACAAUUAUUUACACAAAAA